GCCGGUAAGCAAAUUCCAACAUGGAGGAUCCCGUAGCUGUAGAAAAGAGCCCGGUAUGACUUAGAGCGAUUGUUUCCUGCUUUGUUCGUGUAGUUGGGCAGAGUUUACGUCGUAGCCUUUCGCAAAUAUAAGCUCGAGGAAAUGCCUGCAACACUGAACUCCAGACCCCAGACAGGCCUGUCUUUCCUUGCCCCAGAACCAGAAGAUCUGGAGGACCUGUACAGCAGAUACAAGAAGCUGCAGCAGGAGCUGGAGUUCCUGGAGGUCCAGGAGGAGUACAUCAAAGAUGAACAGAAGAACCUCAAGAAAGAGUUCCUCCAUGCUCAGGAGGAGGUGAAGAGGAUACAGAGCAUCCCACUCGUCAUUGGCCAGUUCCUGGAAGCGGUUGACCAGAACACGGCUAUUGUUGGCUCUACUACAGGGUCCAACUACUAUGUGCGCAUCCUGAGCACCAUCGACAGAGAGCUGCUGAAGCCCAACGCCUCAGUGGCCUUGCACAAACACAGCAACGCCCUGGUAGAUGUGCUCCCCCCUGAAGCUGACAGCAGCAUCAUGAUGUUGACGUCAGACCAAAAGCCAGAUGUGAUGUAUGCUGACAUUGGUGGUAUGGACAUCCAGAAGCAGGAAGUCAGAGAAGCAGUGGAGCUGCCGCUCACUCACUUUGAACUCUACAAACAGAUUGGUAUUGACCCACCCAGGGGUGUCCUUAUGUACGGACCUCCAGGUUGUGGAAAGACCAUGUUGGCCAAGGCUGUGGCGCACCACACUACAGCUGCGUUCAUCCGCGUGGUGGGCUCUGAGUUUGUUCAGAAGUAUCUGGGUGAGGGCCCUCGUAUGGUGCGCGAUGUCUUCCGGCUGGCGAAGGAAAAUGCGCCUGCCAUCAUUUUCAUUGAUGAGAUUGAUGCUAUUGCCACCAAGCGUUUUGAUGCACAGACCGGAGCUGACAGGGAGGUGCAGAGGAUCUUGCUUGAACUACUUAAUCAAAUGGACGGCUUCGACCAGAACGUCAAUGUCAAGGUGAUCAUGGCCACCAACCGAGCAGACACACUAGACCCGGCCCUGCUACGCCCCGGACGCUUGGACAGAAAGAUAGAGUUCCCACUGCCCGACCGUAGGCAGAAACGUCUCAUCUUCUCCACCAUUACCAGUAAAAUGAACCUGUCCGAGGAGGUGGACCUGGAGGAUUAUGUGGCUAGACCAGACAAGAUAUCUGGGGCUGAUAUAAACUCCAUCUGCCAGGAGGCUGGCAUGUUGGCAGUGCGUGAGAACCGGUAUAUCGUCCUGGCCAAAGACUUCGAAAAAGCUUACAAGACCGUCAUCAAGAAGGACGAGCAGGAGCACGAGUUCUACAAGUAGAGAAGAAAAAAAAAAGUGUCCAGACACAAGUCUGUUUAUUGAUUUACGUCUGUGUGUCUUUAUCUACAGUAUGUCUUUUGUGGAUUUGCAAUUCCUGACCUGCAUGAUUUUUGUUUGGGGGGAACGACUAAAUUCACUGCAACACAAGCCCUAAUGUCAGAUUAGCCCUGUGUCAGCCUUGAGAAGACACACUAUCAUGCGAUGGGAGUGUUUUUUGUACAGGCACUCCUCUGGUUGCUAAAAAAUAUCUACCCCCAACUGUAGCUAGGAUAGGACAUUUGUAUCUGUAUGUACUCAAAUAACAUUAAUGAAGAAAAAAAACAUUAAAGUUUUACAUAAAAAAGGUA